UCGAAAAACUGCGGCCGCCCCGAUCUCGUGAGGUUAUCGUUGCCCACAUGUACAUGACAUCACAGCAAAGUAUCAAUGCUGCGUUUCAGACAACUCGGAAAUCGAAAAUGUCCGAUCUCCUCCUAGGAAAAGUACAAUGGAAAGUACUUCCACUACUUAAAGUCGGAUUUCCUACUUGUGAGCUCGGGGCAAAUCCAUCUACCCCGACUUCAUAAAGAAGCAGUUGUCUGACGUCACGUAACAAUGGCAGCACCCAUGGAAGCGCACAUUAGGCUACAUUUCAAUCAGUAGGAGAGGGGGUAGGAUGUAUUUGUAGACUACAGUAUUGUAUUAGGCUAGUGAAUGGAAUAUUAAGAUACGUUUCCGAGUAUAAAAGUUUACAUUGUGCGGCGAUCGCCGGUGCCCGAUUCUGCACAGGCCUGGCUCAGUCUACUAUCUUGUUCCGUCUAAGCUCUUUGGUUGGUUGAGUCUGUCUGGCGUUGACGUCAGAUUCAGAGAAAACUCUACCGAAUUACUGCACUGGCUGAUUUAUCGCUGAAGGCGGGAACCGCGCUUCUUGCAGUAGCGGAUUGGUCGGUACUCCUGUCAAUCAAUCGUUCCUUGGUCUCAGUCAGGUUGAUGGAGAGGACAGAGGUAGAGGUGGUGGAGAUGUAGUAAAUAACGGAAACAACUAUUUUACCGUUCUCUGUUUUCCUCUAUCGUGUAUUUUAUUCUUUUUUAAUUUGUUUACUUUUUUCCUCUUGUUUCACGGCGGUUUCGCCGCUUUACGGUCCGAGUCGUGUAUCCUUGGCAACGCGAACAACUGUCCUGCGAAGUUUGGAUCAAGUGUUAUACCUUCAACCGGAAAAUAAACUGGAUAUUUACCCGCUAAAAUUAACGGAAUUGAAUCCGCGGUGCAUAUGAGCGUUUGUGGGAGUAUUUCGAACAGUCUUUAUUCAUAUUUAACUUGUUUUUUAUUUUAAACCCAGUGUUUAGGGAAACGGGACAGCGCGAGACAAUAGUGGUGUGAAAGAGAGCUCGAGCAGGGGGGGAUCGAUGCCUCGCAAGGGCUUUGUUCUGUCCUGCGUUGAGACCUACCGCGAGCCUACUGCGGAUAUCGACUGAUUGACCGGCGUAUUGAUGAUUGGUUGGUGAUUGAUAAGCGGACACGGAAGCCGUUGUUAACAACCAUGGAUGUGACUCUGUCCGAGUUACUGGCCACUUUCAUGGAGUCACCGCUGGUGGUGUGGGUGCAGACGUUGGGUCCUUUGGGUUCAUGUAACGACGUAGGCUCUGAGGAGCGGGUCAACAUGUUCAUGGAGCUGGUGGAUGGCGUCUUCCUGCAUAAGAUCAUGACACACAUUGACCCCAGCCCAACCAAUCAGAGGCUGAACAAGAAUGUGAACAAUGAUGUGUCGCUUCGCCUUCACAACCUGACCGUUCUCACCAGACACAUCAGGACGUAUUACCAGGAGACCUUACAGCAGUUAAUAGUCAUGCCCCUUCCUAACAUCCUCUGCGUCGCCAAGGAUCCGAUAUCAGCUAAGAGCAUGGAGGAGCUGAAAAGUCUUUUGUUGCUGAUACUAGGCUGUGCUGUCCAGUGUGAGCGUAAGGAGGAGAUGAUAGAGAAGAUCAAGCUACUGGAUAUUGAGACCCAAGCUGCCAUCGUCUCUCAUAUCCAAGAGGUGACCCAUAACCAGCUGAAUGUUCUUGACCUGUCCUGGCUGGAGGAAGGAUCAGAGCUUGCACAUGAUGAGCUGGAACCUCUGUCCCGCAAUAUGGCUGUGUCGCUACGGCAACUGAUUGACCAGAGAGACAAAGCCAGUGAGGUGAUUGUAGAUCUGACCCAGGAGAAGGACUACCUGUCUAGUCAGCAGCCCCAGGAAGGGUGCCUGGGCAUGAGCAACCAAGAGCGUGUGCAGAGUUCUGGAGGUGUGGGAGUGAAUAACGGUGGAUCAGCUGUGACUGUGUCUGGGCUCACCAAAGAGGAGAAGCAGCAUCUGUCUGUGGAGCUCGCUGAUACCAAGGCCAAGAUCCGCAGAUACAGACAAGAACUGGAGGAGAAGACAGAGCAGUUGAUGGAUUCAAAACAUGAAGUGGAGCGUCUGGAUCAGGAGUUACAGAGACUGAAACAAGAGAACCAGCUGCUAUCUUGUGAGGCUCGUUCAGUCAGAGUGUACCGGGACGAGGUAGACUCACUGAGGGAAAGAGCGGCCCGGGUUGACCGAUUGGAGACUGAACUGACCAGAUGUAAAGAGAAACUCAAUGAUGUUCACUUCUACAAGACCAGAGUGGAGGAGCUUCGCGAGGACAACCUGACUCUGAUGGAGACAAAGGGGCUGUUGGAGGAGCAGCUGUCAGCCUCUAGGGGGCGCUGUGAUAAACUGCACACAUUGGAGAAAGACAAUCUGUUACUACGAGCUAAAAUACACGACCUGGAAAUGGAGAGGGACAAUGAACGUCGGAGGUUGGAGGAGCUGGUAGAGGAGAACAUGCUGCUGGAGAUUGGACAGAAACAGAGUAUGAACGAGUCAGCUCAUCUAGGCUGGGAGCUGGAACAGCUGACCAAGAACCAUGACAGCACUAACACAGAGAUAUUUUUUUCUGCUGCAGCUCGUAAGUCGUUGGUCCAUGAGCUGAACGAGUGCGUCUCCAGUCGGUUGUUGAAGCUGGAGAAGGAGAACCGGGAGCUUCAGGCCUCUAUAGAGAGACUGAAAGAGGAGAACCACCUCCUGCAGGAACAGCAGCUCCACACCCAGGAGCUGGACAGAGAGAACCAAAGCCUCAGCAAGAAGUUGGAGUGUCUCCAGGGUUUAUUGGACCAGGAGAGACUGACCAAUCAGGACAUGGAGUCUCUGGGAGAGGAAAUAUUGAAGGAAAAACAGAGUCUGGAGAGUGAAAUACACACGCUGAGGGCAGAGAAAGACAGACAGAUCUCAGAGUUGGAGAGUGAGAAGCAGCACCUCUCUGAUGCAGUGGCGUCCCUUCAAGAGCGCGCUCAGUCUAACAGCGAGGCAAGGGUCCGCGAGGUGGAAGCGGAGAACCGCCUACUGCACCAGAACAUCACUGACACCAGUUCCCGAUUGGCCAGUUUAGAAACCCAAAUCAAACUAGCCAAUGAGGAGGCAGAGAGGCUGAGGGAGAGGGCAGGGCGGUGUGAAGAGGUGGAGAGAGAGGCUGCAAGGCUGGAGAGGAGCAGGGACGCUCUGAACAGGGAGGUGGCCUCUCUGCGUGCGUGCAGCGAGCGGUCAGAAGCUCUAGAGAAGCAGGUGUCCUCCCUGGAGCAGGAGGUGCACAGGCUAAAACGGGAGGCAGAGGAGGCCCAGCGGGAGCUGCAGCGACUGGGGAGGCAUGAGGCGGCGAACAGCCUGCUGUCGAAGGAGAACCUGGACUUGCGCUGCUCCCUGGAAAACCUGCGCUCCUCGUCCGCUCGCCUGGCCACCCUACAGGAGGAGCAUAAGGAGGCACAGAAAGAGACACAGGAGCUGCAGAGGAGGCUGGAAGAGGCCAGAGAAGAAGCACAAGUAGAGAGGAAGAGGGUAGAGAGGCUCGAGCUGAACGUGGCAGCUAUGAACCAGGAGAAGCAUCGCUUAGCGGGGGAAAUACAGAGGAGCAAAGAGGAAAGGGAAGAGGUAGAGAGAGAGAGGCGGGAGAUACAGGCCAGAGAAGAGGACCUGAGAAGGGAAGUAGAGGAACUGAAAGAGGAACAGAGAAGGAAGGAGGAAGUUGAUGAGGAAAGGAGAAAGCUCCAAGUCGACUUGGAGCAUUCAGAGAAGGGCAGGAAGCACCUGGAGAAAGAGAGCUGGAGGAUCAGAACACUGCUGGAGGGUAAAGAGGCAGACCUAGAGGAGAAAGCCAGGCGAUUGGCUACAGUGGAGAAAGAGGGCAUGGCUCUCAGUAAGGAAGUGGAUAGGUUGAAAGAGGUGGCAGUAAAAGCCAAGGAGUUGGAGAGGGAGAACAAGGAUCUGCAGAAACAGGCAACUAUUGACAAGCAGACUCUGGCUACUCUGAGAGAGGAGCUGGUGUCAGAGAAGCUGAGUGUUCAGCAACAGUGUGUUGAGUUAGAGAGACUCAAAGAAGAGCUGGAGAAGAUUGGACUGAACAGAGAAAAACUACUGCAGCAAGAGCACAUGCUGGAGGACAGCAGGUACAGGCUGCUGGAGUCUCGGCUGGAGGAAACUGUCCAACAGACGAUGAAGUUUAAAGAGGAGAAAAUCUCUUGUCUAGAAAAGAAAGUAGAGGAAAGCAACACACUCAACGCUACGCUACGUGCCGAGCUAGCCACCGCUCUGCGUCAGCAACAGGAGGAGGAAGAAAACCACAAUUCCCAGCAGCGCUCUGGGAGCGACCGAGGUCAAGGGUCAGCCACUGCUGAACUACUACGAAUCAAAGAUCAUCUUAUUGAUGUAGAAAAGAAUAAUGCCUCUCUGCAGACAGAGAGCAGUCUAUUGAAGGAGCAGCUCAAACAGCUGGAGAACCAGAACACAUCUCUUAACUACCAGAUGGUGACGCUGCAGCGGCACACCACCACCCUGCAGGAACAGAAUUCAGCCUUACAUACACAGACAGCCAAACUACAGGUGGAGAACUCCACUCUCUCCUCCCAGAGUGCAUCUCUCAUGGCCCAGAAUGCUGUGCUGCAGGGCCAAGUUACCGCCUUGGAGACAGAGGUAGAGUCGUGGCAGCGACAGCGCGAGGAGGCUUGGCGAGGCAGAGAAAAUGUGCUCAGCGACCAUGAACGCCUGCUCAGCGUUCAUGAGAGGCAAGCACAUGAGUAUGAGCAGCUGAUCAGUCAGCACACUGCAGUGAAAGGCAAACAGAGGGCGCUAGAGAGUGAACACAGGACGCUGCACAGCAAGUAUUGUAUUUUGCUGCAGCAGAAGGAGAAAUGGGAGGAGCAAGAGGGGCGUGGUCAGAAAGAGAAGGAGGAACUAAACCAAGAGAUCCAGAGGAAUCAGCUACUACAGCAAGAGAAUCUACAGCUAAAAACAGAAGUGGACAGAUUGACAGAGAGCCAAUCACAGCAGUCAGAGCAAUGUGAGGGGCUCCAGCAGCGCAUGAAUGAACUCAAGAGCUCAUUAAGCUCUGCCCAGUUGGAAGUGAGUCGAUGGAUGGCACAAUACGAUUCGCUAAUGGAGCAACACCAGGGCCUGGAUCUGACCAUGACAAAACUAGACAACCACUGUGAGCUGUUGAGUCGACUGAAAGGGAACCUAGAAGAAGAGAACCACCACCUCUUGAGUCAGAUCAACCUGCUGAGCCAGCAGAACCACACUCUGCUGGAGAGGAGCAUGGAGAGCAAAGAGCUGUAUUACCAGGAACAGAAACUUUACAUUGAUAAGCUGAACACUCUUCGUCGUCAGAAAGAGAAACUAGAGGAGAAGAUCAUGGAUCAGUACAAGUUCUAUGACCCCACACCUAAAAAGAGGAGUCAGUGGUCUGGAGCCAAGGCUUUAGCCAAAUUGAUUAAACCCCGAAAGGAGAGCAGCAGGGAAAGAGGUGGCGACCGAGACAAGGAAGGAGGCAAAGAGAGAGAACGAGCAAAGAGCGCCCCAGACAUCCCACUACCUGCCCCACCUCCCCUCCUCCCCCCUGAAACCCCAUCCCCACUUCCCCAGCCGACGGCAAGUGACACGCAAGACAGCAGCCAUGCACACAGUAGCCAUAACAACCACACCACCAGCCCCAGCCUGGGACCUCAGAGUCUAGCACUCACGCCCAUCAGCCGAGGUUUGACUGACAGGGGCCGUGGUGUUUAUCAUAGCAGUACUCCAGGAGGCAGCAGUGAGAGUGUCAAUGGAGAAGAUGGACAUGGACAAGGUCAGACCCGUAAAGCUCUGAGCUCCACUGCCAGCCAUCAGUCAUCCUCAUUGGGCCUAACCAACACCUUCAGCCCCAGAAUGGGACAAGGCCCCAACCGCAGGCCCAGAGGUAAGCCAGGUCUGUUAUAUGAUGAAGACUCACACAACACGUCCGAGUCCAUGUUUGGUCACCUUGACAACACGGGAGGUCACCCAGGGUCGGCAGACUUCAGCCACAACACCUCCAGCUCCAACUCACCUGUCAACUGCAGAGACACAUCAGGUUGUCAAGCUCGUUCAGUCAGCCUCUCUAGUGAUGAUGUCAUGGGUCUCAGCCAGUCACAGCAGACUCUGUCACGUUGUUCCACCCUUCCAUACGACCACACACCCCAGAGGGCCCAACCACAGCACGGAGGUGGUGUUAGGACUAAGACCCGCCCAUCAUCUCCUGGAAGUGAGAUGGUGACACUGGAAGAGUUUCUACAAGAGAGCAACCUACAGUCACCUCCUAUGGUGUCUACAGGAAGCAAGGAGGACUUGAUGACUGACUAUUUCACCAGAAGUCCCGCCCCCUCUGCACCAGCUGGCAGAGAUCAGGUGACUCCCACCAGCUAUGUCAUGCCCACUGUACAGUCAUCCAACCAGAGGCCAGGCCAGAACGUCAAGCCCUCGCCCCGCCAGCCUGUAGGCCAAUCCCCAGCCUCAGGCCAGCACAUCACCCAGAGAACCAGCCAGUCACUGAGCAGGGCUUUUAGCCUGGCCUCAGCUGAUUUGCUGCGCUCCAACGGACCAGACAGUUUCCGUGGAAAUGAAGGACAAUCAGAUGUGGUUGUUCGUAGACCAGGGGGAGGGGGUAAUGGGAGAGAACGGCCUCUCUCUGAUCGUCUGGCUAGUCCAACCAAUCAGCAUAGAGAUAGCAGCUUCCUAAACCCGCCUGUUCACCAUUCGUCCUCUCUCAAUCUGCAAACGGAGAGAUACGCAGAGAGAGAGAGCAGGAGGACUCCCGUCUCUUGGAAUGGCCCCUCCUCAUCCUCCUCCUACCACCACCGUGGAGAGGUCGCCAUGGUAACCCCCGUCAGGGCUGUGUCCACCAUACGGCCUGAUGAAGCCUCUGAGCAUGGGGAGGUGUUAAGGGAGGGGCGGUCAGGUGAUUCCUCCCACUUAAAGAAAGAAAGUGAGAGAGCAAGAUGUGGCUCUGUCGAACGCCCAAAAAGCACACCGGCUUCCCCUGACCCCAACAACGACCCCCAGACUGUGUGGUAUGAGUACGGCUGUGUCUAAACAUUGCAACUAAUGCAUGUCUAUGGGUGUGGUUGUGUCUAAAGAUGAGAACUGAAUACUUUAACUACAGUCUGCUGGGGCUGAGUACUGACACAAUAAUCAGUCUCUGGACUGUGCUCUAUGUAUUGUGGAUAAAUAACUCUUGGAAGUCUAUGAUUAGGCUUUGCACAAAUACAACAUCAACUGGAAAUCUGUCUAAAUCCUGGAAAGCAAAACCACAUUUAAAAACAUCUCUGAAUCGUGAGUUCAGUUUGUAUUUUCUGGAACAAACUUUUGUAGGUGAACAACCAAACCUGAUUCCAUUUGCCACCUGCCUAUACAGCUGAUUAAAACAGUCUUAUCAGGAAGCUUUCUAAAGCUAAGGAGCUGCCAGGGCUCAGCUACACACAAACAAUCACGUAUCACCUUAAUCACAUCUCAACUACAUUUCAUCUACUGGAUCUGUGGAGUCAAUAUCCUCUCACCGUUUUUCAUCACAAGCUGAAUCUCUCUGAGGCGGAUGCAAUAUAGAUUUGAGCUCAAUCAUCGAUGGUCUUUUUAGGGAUUUAGACUUGAAUACUAUAGAUGAUGUCUGAGAAUGCUAGAAUUCAUUGGUUUCUGCUGUUUACUGUGAUCCAGCAAGCAGCCUGAGCCCACAAAUGGGUUUUUUAUGUCAGGCAAAGGAGCCACCAAAAUAAUUUUUUUUCAACAGUGUUGCUAUCACUGGCUGUUGGAAAAAUUAAUUAUGGAUGUUUUGACCAGAUGAUGAUCCAGAUGUUAAUUUUUUUUUUAAAGAGUGCUCAUUUUAACACAUACAGAAAUGGAGAUGGAAGCUGGGAUAUCUGAAGUCUGAGAAUCCAUUAUACAUAAAGCCUGCAGGAACAGAGGACACAUGCUACAUGCUUAGUUGUGGACCAGAAUACUAAGGAGUGGCUUAGCCUAUGAGCUGGAACUCUUUGACUGCUGACCAACACACUGUGGCCCUGCUAAUGUUUACCUGGGUGCCACCUGCAGAACGGAAAUUAGCCAUCACCGAGAGGGAUGAUUGAACUAAAGUGAAGGCGACCAGAAGCACCCGAGCGACUGAAUGUAUCAGAUUUCUCCUCCUUUUUCUGUCCUUCUCCUCUCCUCUGUUAUCUAUAACAAACACUGGAAAAUAUGAGAGAGGAGGGAAGGAAAUGGAGGGAUUCAAGCAAAGAGUGCUGAAGCAAGUGAAGGAGAAAAGGGUAUAGAAAGUGAGAACAAAUGGAGGGAUGAUGGGAUGGAGAGUGUCUUUCUUGGACAGAGGGAGAGACAGAUAUAGUGACGGGAGGACGGAUAGAUAAACAUGACAGAGUUGGAGGGGCUCCUCCCAGUUAAAUUACAGUCUUUCUCCCUCCAUCUUUAGAUUCUGUCCCAGCAUGCAACACUUAACUGGAAAUGUUGCUUGGCCCGAGGCAACACUACUUCACAAACACACACACACACACACUUAUACAUAUAUAUAUAUAUAU